AAAAUACAAGCAUAACGUCUAAUUUGGGACUCCUGCAUGAAAAUGUCUGAAAAUGCACAGACUCUUACAACUGGAGAACGAUUUCAACUUCUUGUGGUUUAAUUCUAUGUACAAAUCGUGUUCAGAUACCAUGGAGGAUGACGAAAUCGAUAAUGAUUUUAAUUUUGAGAAGUCUCCCAAGAUUGAAUCUCCUACCAGAGAGGAUUGGAAUGCACAGCCUGGGGAUAAAAAUGACCCUAAGCCUGGUGUUUCUACAGACUCCCAAACUUACCAUAUCACAAAUUUGCCUCCUGAAAUAAUGCAGCACAUUCUGAAAUUUGUUUCCUUUGAUAAUAUUGCUAAAAUCAGACUUGUCUGUAAACACUUUGACAACCUGUGUUCUUCAAUACUGAACUCCGAAUUUAAUCGGCUACGAUCCGUGAUUCAACAACGUUUGCUCAGCAUCAAAUCACAGAUGCCAAGACGUGAAUCAGCACGUAGGAAACAUGCUCUGGCUAGGGAACAUGAUAUCAUCGAAACUCUUAACAUGAGGCUGUCAUUGCUUCAUAUGACUUUAGGAAAACAUAUCGAAAGAAAGUAUUGCUGCUUUUUCCCAGGAGAGAUUAUAGAUGAAGUUUAUCGAGUUUUGAGAUACAUAGAAAAUACUCCUUGCUUGAAUCAUGGAUACAAAGUAACUGAUGAGCUUUUUGAUUUGUCCACUAUGGCUAUGGAAUAUUUCAAGGAACAUAUUGAACCAAGGCUACCAGAAAUAUCAUAUUUUGCUCCAGAUUUCCUUGAUUAUUCAAUGCUAAGCUCAACGCAUGAGACUCAGCUAGCUAUUGAAGAAACCAUCGCUAGAGCAAAUUCUCGAAGCUCAUCUUCCACAUUGACUAAGGAUCCACUAAUACUGUUGAGCCGCCACUUCAGAAAAAUCAAAGAAACUGUCAAAAAAAAUGGGACAGAUAUUAUGAAUGCAAAACACUCUCUGAAGGUGUUUAAGAAAAAAAUUAAUUCCUUGGAGAAAGAAGUGCAGCAGAUAAAGUGGCAGCAAAAAGAUUCAGAAAAAGUUAUACCUGAUGUGUGUAAAAUAAAUGAAGUCUUAUUGGAGGUAAAUCGACAUAAAGUAGAAUUGGAAUUACUGAAAGCUGAAGUGUCCAAUCAGUCUUGUUCAUGCCACAGUUCUCAGUCUACCAAUAGCACAGAAUUAAAAGAUUCCAAGGAUUCUGCGUUGCCUGGGAAAGAAAAACAUGGUGUCAAACUUGAAAUGGCAGAUGACACGAAUAAAAGCUCCAAAGAAAAAAGUUCUCAGGAUGGAGUUUCGACAGAACCAACUGAACGCAAAAAAAUAAUCAAAAAAGAUAAAAAGUUAAGUUCUGUUGCCCAGGUACAAACUGAUAAAGAUUUCAAAGGUUGUUCAACCCUGGUAAAUAACUCUCUAGCGGAGCUUAAAUCGCUAGAAGAGGUCUCUGAAGAUUUGAGCUUGAAGGAUAAAAUCUGCAGUGAAAAAAUUGUGUUAAGAACACCAUCUAAUAGGAAGAAUACAAGGAAUAAAAUUUCAUGUUCCUCCCCGGUGAAAAGUAAUGGGAAACGAAAACUAAAUCCUGGUGUUGAAUUUAAAACAGAAAAUGACUUUAAUGCAAAGAAAAAGAAAUUAGAUUUUAGCGUCAACAGUACUCCAUCAGUUUCAUUUACUCAUAAAUAAAUCAUUAUAGGAAGAAAUUGAACCAUCUUCUCUGAAGCAUUUUAUUAUUUUUGAUGCUCUGUUACAGCAAUAUCAUUUCCUCCAAGCAAGUUAAAUAUGUGCAAUGUUUGUGUGUGUGUGUUAUCUAGAGGUUUGUGCUUUUGAAGAUAAUGAACAGCUGAAUGAUAAUAAAUAAUGAAAUAUCAAUUUUCAAAUGUGAAUGGUAAUCCUUAUAUUAUUUAUAUAUAUAUAUUCAUUUAAAUAUUAGUUGAUUUCAAGUUCCAAGUAUGUUUUGUAUAUAAAUGCAUAUAUAGUUAAUUUUUGUCAGGUAUGUAUUAUUUGUGUGAGGAACUCUGAAAAUAAUCAUUUGUGUCUGCAGUUAUAAUUAUUAUUAUUUUUUUUUUUUUGGAAUUUCCAAAUAUCUAAAGCUAAAAAUAAGUAAUAUUGAUUUUGUGGUGGUGUUAAAUUAUAUUAAUUAGUAAAAUAGUCCUUAAUGGGCUUCCUUAAUCAUUUAACUAUCCAGAAAGCAGGUCUUGAACUUUUUGAGUCCUAAAUAUGUUUAGUGCAAAUUGUAAUUGCUUGAUGUGUAUCAUUGUGCAAUAAUAUAUAGUUGCAUACAUUCAAAAACCUUUUUAAGUACUUUUGGGUUAAAAGUACAGUACAACCUCGAUAUUUCAAAUCUCUCGGGACGGGAAAAAAAUUCGAGUUUUCGAGUUAUUAAGGUUUUAAAAAAAUUACACUACAAACUCUCACAAUUACACACACGUACGUUACAUGCAUUUAUAUAUGUACUUGGGGACCACUUCGGAUUAGGAUCUAUAAAGUAGUCUUCAAUAUUUUACUAAAUUUGAAAUUUUAUAAUUGUUGAAAGUGCACAGGAUGAGAUUUUGAAAUGAACAACAAUUUCAACUUGGUUUUUUCACCUAAAAAUUUAAAAAUUCUAAUUUUAUCUUCAACCAGUAACCCCAAGUUUAAAAACUUCUCCAUUUUGUAGGAGUUGUAAAAAGCAGAAUGAUGAAAAUGAGGAACGCAUUUUCCGUUUUCACUUGAAAACUGACAGACGAAAAAUCAACCUCUUUUCCUCAAAGUGGACAACAUGUUUUUGAAAAAUGCACAACGAUUCUGAACUCUAGGGGAAACACAGCACCCCUCUCAUACCAACACUCCCCUAUUAUCUUGCACCAAUCCCCUGUUCACAAAAUUUCCAAGAAAAGGGAUGAAAAAAUUUAAGCAAUUGUCCCUGAAACUUAUUUUACUACAAAAAUUGCUAAAGAAAAACGAGAAUUGAAAUUUGCUUCUGUGCAAAAAUUUCGACAUAUCAAGGGUUUCAAAAAAUAAAUUUCGAGAUAACUAUAGAAAAUACAUAGGCGCUUUUAUAGAAAAUGCUGGGGAAUUUUUUUUUUCGAGUCAUCAAGGGUUUCUAUAAAGAGGUUCGAGAUAUCAAGGUUUGAUUGUGUACCAUAAAUUCAAAAUUUAGUGUUGCCUGUUUCAGAGCGCUGAUAACUGAGCUGUUGAGAGUAAAAGUGGCAUCAGUCAAUAAAACAAGAUUUUUGGUUACUUUUUCACAAAACUCUACUGCUGUACAAUUUUACAAUUAGCCUCUUUUGGCAAAUAGUUGAAUUUAGACUUAACCACUUUCGUAUGAAGUAGAAUGAGGUCAAAAUUAAUUUCUGAUGGCAUGAAUAAAUUGUAAAAAAUAUCGACUAAUGCCACUUUUGCUCUCAACUACUAAAUUGGUUCUAGUUUUAAAUUGUUAGUGAUUAAAAAAGGUUUUUUGUUUUUUAAAAAGAAAAGUGAAAUUCACUUCAUCAUUAGUAUAACUAUAAUUAUUUAUUCUAAAGAUACUUUUUUUUUUUGUUUCUGCCUCAACAAUUGAUGGUAUCCUCUUCAUUUCAGUAUGAUAUCUUGCUUGGAUUUUAGUGACUGUAGUUUAUUGUCAAAACGAAUUUUGUGCAUUAUUCAGAUGGUUAAGAUUUCAACUCGUUAUAUACACAUGCAUUACUGUAGCAAAUUCAUUUUCUUAGAUGUAUUAUUAAAUCUAGUUUUUCAGUUUUAUCUAAAUGACAAUGGUGUUGCAUUGUACUUUUCUAUUUAUUUAUUAUCAUCAUCAUCGUGCAUCAUAUAUUCAUUGAAAUACUAUUUUUAUUGUAGUCAGUGUAGGGGGAAAUGAUUAAUAUAUUUAUGUAGUAAACUUAUCAUUGAAAAUAUAUUUUAGACUGAAAUCUUAUGAAUUGUGCUCUUUUGCAAAAUAUGUUUGUGUGUAACUUUAUUUUUAGUGAUUAAAGCUCAAAGUAUGUCAA